GAAAACCAACAGGCAAGCAUCAGAUAGAACCAGUGAGGAAGCGAGAGAGUACCAGGCUGCAGGACAGAGAGAGUGUGAGUGAGAGAGAGAGAGAGAGAGAGAGAGGGACAGAGGGAAACAGCAGGAGAAAUAGAGUGAUAGAGAUAGCUAGAAGAUGGAGGUGCAGUCAGAAUGCGUGGAACCUCCUCCACCUCCUCCUUCUGUUCCCCCAUGCGACCCCCAACCGCCAGGGAAGAUCAACAAAGCAGCCUUAAAGCUGUUUGGAAAACGACGCUCCAGCUCCGGAAUGGCCAGAUUCUUCUCCUUUAGGAACAAAGAGGCCAAUGGGAAUGGGAAUUCCGAGAAUGGGAAUUCUGUGAAUGGGAAUUCUGUGGGGUCGGCUAAUGAGCUCGUCAGGAGUAAAACGCAUGAUGGACUAACAAGCUUGGAGACAGAUGGACAGAGAGGGGAGGAGUCUGGAAUAUCAGAGGCGGGACAGGUGAGGUCUCUCAGCAAAUCACUGAGCUUCUUUUCGCUGCUCAGACGAGGAAGUGUGAGAGCUAAUGAGAAUACAGGGUUUGGAAGCAGGGGGAGGGGUUUAAAAGGCUUCUUUAGUAGUAUAAGGUGGCGGCGGAAGGAGAGAGUGAUGGAGGGAGAGGUGGGGGUAACUGAGGGGAGGGAGGUGAGAGAGGGAGAUGUGAUUCUAAAGGAGGAAGUGAAAGACGUCACUCUGACCCUUGAACCCCAGCCCCACUCACCACAGGAGGAUAAUGGGAGCUUGGAAGCUGAGCUAAACACAGAAUCAGCGAGAACUUCUCCCGCAGACAACGCCACAACACCACUCACACACUCUACUGCCAUGACGACAAACUUGUCAGAAUUCCCCUAUACACCAUCCCCUUCCCCUCUUCACUCUGCCUUUCACUCAAGAACCAAAACGUCCAUUUCCUCAGCAACGGCCACCCCCCCUCUGGAUCGGUGUGACCCCACCUCUGAACCCUCAGUGGACCGGCUCUGUUCACUCCUCUUCACUGACGUCACCUCGCUCAAGAGCUUUGAUUCGCUGACAGGAUGCGGUGAUAUCAUUGCAGACGCAGAGGAGGAGGUGGCAGGAAACGUGGGAGGAGGAAAUGGAGGAGGAGGAAGUGUCACCAGUAGUAGCAGUAGCAGUGGGGGUGGGGUAGUACGCAGCUCCCCAGCUAAAUCCUCCAUUACUAACCAUGCCACCCCUUCCAGCAUUACCCCCACUUCCGCCCCUGCCCCCUCCCAGCCAGGGCACCUGAUGCCCUCCCACUCUGCCCCGAUUCAGCAGCCCUCUGGCAGCGGCGUGGUGGCCUACAUGGGGGGUGGCGAGGAGAUGGCCAGCCCUGACGGGGUGGACGACGCAGACAUGCAGGGGCUCUGGCACAUGCUCCCCUCUGGGGGAGAGAACUCCCCCCUCCCCCGACCCAGCUCUCACCCGGCUCCCCCCAGGGGUACAGAGCGGAAACCCCCCCAGGUCAAGUCUCUGGGACUCAGCAAGAUCCCUUUAGUGGGGGGAGGAAGGAUGAGUAAACUCCCCACUCAUGCUGCCCGUCAAACCUCUUUGCCCAAUGAGAAGGACACUAAGGAGGAGGUCCAGCCCCAACAGGAUGUCCCGGCCCUUAGAGACGAGGGCUAUUGGGAUACGCCCUCGGCAACCCCCACGGCAACGCCUGACGACGGCUUCCUGCGGAACCAGAGGAUUGGUUUAUCGCGUGACAGCUGCUCUGGCGACGCGCUGUACGACCUCUACAAUGAGGAAUUGGACAGAUCUGAUGAAGAGGAAGAGGAGGAGGAAGAAGAUCUGACAAGUACUCCUUCUCUCUCCACUGACGACUACAAACGCAGCACUCCCUCCCAGACUACUCCUCCUUCCUCUUCCUCCUCUUCAUCUUUUCGCUCGAUGAAGGGAAGCACUAGCCUUCCCCGCGAGUCCAAAAUCCCUCUUAGUGUCAGACAGAACACACCCCCUCACUCGGUGAGCCAAUCAGCUCUUUCCACUGUCCUCACAGCCACUCCUCCCUCUGACACACCCACCCAAGCUCCUCCUCCAGCCCGGACCAGGAUCCCUGUCUCCAAGGUGCCAGUCCGUCGCCCUAGGAACAAGCCCGGCAACGCUACACGAGGGCCAGCCCCCAGGAAGUAAGUCUGAUCAAGGCAGCCAUGGACUUUGAUGUCUUUGGUUAGAACUAGACAACAUCACUGGACUAGUGUGCAUGACAUUGCCGGACUGGUGUAUUGUGAAAUGCAUCAUACAAUGAUAAAGACUUGAAAGAGAGUGAUAGGAGCUCUAAACAACACUUCCAUUGGUUCUGGUGGGUCACGCCUCCAAAAGUUAAAGUUAAAAACAAAAAAUCUACAUCACUGGACUUGUGUGUGCAGCAUCACUGAAAUGAUGUGUAUGGGACACUUUUAAAGACUUCAAGUGGGUGAGGGGAGGGCAUUUCAAAGUUUGGGAUCCACAUUUUCGACAACUCUCAGCGCUUUUGAAUAUGUAAACAAUGGUCACAGAAUUCAACUGCACUGCACACCACUAGGAAUGACUAGAGAAGCUUUUCUUCUUCUCUUCAAGUCCUUGUUUCUGAAACACAGAUUUUUAUAUGAUACCACGUGUUUAAUCUAAUGAAACAGUUUGUAAUAAUCUAAUUGUUAACUAAUUACCUCCUAAUCCCAGACUACAUUCACAGUCUCAAUCCUCAUCUACAUCUUUUUGUCUGACAUUUAGCAGGCGCUUUUAUCCAAAGCGAUGUGUGUAAUUAUUUCUACGUAUGGGUGGUCCCGGGAAUCAAACGCACUAUUCUGGCAUUACAAGCACCAUGCUCAACCAUCUGAGCUACAGAGGAGCAAUACAGGACUAUUAAAGGCCCAGUGCACUACUUUUGUGAUAAAAAAAACUAUUUUUGUAAUUUUCUUCAGCACCCCUACUUCCCGUGGCAAUGUGGGGUGUACUGUUGACUGUUCUUCUCCCAGUUCUAAAGUACCAGUGGAUAACAGUGGUGACAACAUUGCUAAAAACAAUCAGAAAGCAUUUAUAAAUGUAUUUUUACUAAGGUGUCCAUGGAGAUCACCGGAUACAACACCUCACCUUGCCAGUGAACAUAAACAAGAAACAACAUCACAAAACUUAAUCGUCCUAAGUGAAUGACAAACACACACAUUCUCCUCUGGACCAUAUGUGCUCCACCACUCGAACGAGCAACUACUGUACUAUGAUGACCUCGCACUGGAGAAACAGCAGCAGGUUCAAUCUCUCUGGAAUUAACAACUAUAACAAACCAACCAAUAAAAAACGGAAUAAGUAACGCAAUAGUGAGACAGCAUUGAAAGAUGUUCCUCUACUGACUGAACAACGACCACUGAACACUCCUCACUUGCUGCAUGAGGUGCCUGGAACACAAGGCACUAGGUUCAGGGAACACAGU